AUGGUUAUUAGUGAAGAAUGGAAUUUUUAUAGAGAGGAUGACAUGGGUAAGGCUCAAGCUACAAAACAAUUUAUUUUGAAUGAUUUUUGGUGGGACAAAAUUGCAUAUAUUAUUGAUUUUACAGAGCCUAUUUAUAAUAUGGUUAGAGUUUGUGAUAUCGAUGAGUCCACACUUCAUUUGGUAUAUGAGAUGUGGGAUUCUAUGAUAGAGAAGGUGAAGGCAUCAAUAUAUAGGCAUGAAGGGAAAGAUUUAAAUGAUCCAUCAAUAUCACCAUUUUAUAAUGUUGUUUAUUCAAUACUAACUAAUAGGUGGACUAAGAGUUGUACCCCUCUUCACUGUUUGGCUCACUCUCUAAAUCCAAGUUUUGAUUCUUUUGACUCUAUUGAAGAUAGAUGGGUAUUAGACCCCAAAUCUUGGUGGGUUAUGCAUGGUUCUCCCGCUCCUCUUCUUCAAAAGCUUGCCUUGAAGCUUCUUGUGCAACCUAGCUCUUCAUCUUGUUGUGAAAGAAAUUGGAGUACCUAUUCAUUCAUCCACUCUUUAAAAAGAAACAAAUUGAAUCCUAAAAGAGCUGAAGACUUGAUUUAUGUGCAUACAAAUUUGAGGUUGUUGGGUAGGAAAUGUGAAGAAUACAAAGAAGGGAGUACUAAGAUGUGGGACAUUGGUGGAGAUGCAUGGGAAAGUUUUGAUGGUGUUGGAACUCUUGAAGUUGCAUCAUUGUCUCUUGAUGAGUCAAAUUUGGAAGCCACUAUAUUCAGCGAUGAUGGCGAAGGAGGAGACGACAUUGAUAUUAUACCAAUUUCUUAG